AUGGACCCUGACUAUGGUCCCUAUCCCUGUUUCUUAUCCCUGAUCAUGGACCCUGACUAUGGUCUCUAUCCCUGUUCCCUAUCCCUGAUUAUGGAUCCUGGCUAUGGUCGCUAUCCCUGUUUCUUUUCCCUGAUCAUGGUUCCUGACUAUGGUCUCUAUCCCUGUUCCCUAUCCCUGAUCAUGGACCCUGACUAUGGUCUCUAUCCCUGUUCCCUAUCCCUGAUUAUGGAUCCUGACCAUGGUCGCUAUCCCUGUUUCUUAUCCCUGAUCAUGGACCCUGACUAUGGUCUCUAUCCCUGUUCCCUAUCCCUGAUCAUGGACCCUGGCUAUGGUCGCUAUCCCUGUUUCUUUUCCCUGAUCAUGGUUCCUGACUAUGGUCCCUAUCCCAGUACACACUAUGCUAGAAGGAAUUAUGUACUAUUGCUGGAAGCCAUGCAUAGUAUCUACCAUAACUCAAUUUCCGGCAAAGUUUCCGAUUCUCUCAGCAGCGACAUCCUCCCAAGCCGCGCUACGCAAUAUUCUCCUUCUACUCUUGUAGCAUUAUACACUUUACACGAUAACUCUAGCGACUCUCCUCAAUCAUCGACAAUGGAUAAGAGCACACAUUACCUUCAUCCAGCAACAUGGGAGCUAGGAUUUUGCAAUGUCCAACAGCCAUCUUGGCUUUGCCAAACACAGAGCGAGCGCAGACUGAUAGCUCAAGGGCAAGAACACUUGCGGCUUGGCAACGCAACUCCUAGAUUUGCAAUUGCACAAGAAAGACUCCGGAUCUGCGCAGCGCGUUUUGAUGAGUUACGAAAGGAGAUCGAGACAGACUGGCCUAUGGCUGACGGCAAAAAAAGGCUCAGGCAUCUUAGCAAAGAGCAGCGCAAAGAGCUUUGCAAUAGAUUCGAAUCCCUGAUGACUGUGUUCGAGGUUGCAGCUUUCAUAUUUCACCACUAUCGACUGAAAUCAAGUGAUAGGAGCUCUACAAAAGAAUCCUUCAGGACCACUUCACUGCUACCAGAAAUGAACGAAGUUCUCACCAUUCUGUACUGGGACAAUUCACGACUAAGCAUGAAGAUAAUAAAGCUUUUCAUUCAGGAAUACGUCACCAGAGUUAAGAAAAUCCUCCAAUUGUCUGUUGAGCUGCACCGGGAUUGGAAAGAGAUGAUAGGCAUCCUCAUAUUUUGGAGGUUUCUAAUUGCUCAAGAUCAAAAAGACCCUCAGGAAUUUGAUUGGGCACAUAUUGCUUUCUUGGAAUUUACCAAGUCUGAGGAUUGCAAUCCUGAGCAUGAGCGAAUCUACUACUUCAAAGCUAGGCUCUGUCCAGAGAUAGCGCCAUCGAACCUGGUGAUGCAGUUCUUCUAUCUGUCCAAAGCAACUUUUGCUUCUGAGCCUUGGGAGUCUCGGGAGCGUUACAACAUUGCAGUUCAUAAGGCUAUAAAAAAUAUCCACAAAACCAGAAAACAGGAGCUGCAUAAGUUAUGUGAUGGAUCUGACUCCAGCUCCGAUAGCUCGAUUAUGGUGGGGGAUGCAAUCGAACUGCCUUUCAGCUCGCUUGAGAGGCUUCGUCCAGAUCAGUGGCUUGACUUGUGGCUUAUUGCCGCUGCUAUGGAACUCACAGACAGGCCGUCCUGCGUGAAAUAUGGUCUCAGUAUCCCUCUUGAUCAACACAACGGCAAUCAUACUGUCCCAGUCACAAAGCCAUUCGGUCUCUGGAGAAGGAAACUUGACGCAUACCGCCAUGAGUGCAGAGACGGCGGCAGAGACGAUUCCAGGCUAAUACUCCUUUGCCCCUUGAACCUCAACACGAACCAUUUCACAUUACUUGAAAUCAACGAUCACGCAAGAACAAUAUAUCACUACGACUCUAUGGCAGGUUGUGCUAUCAAGCAAAGGAACACUCGUGUGAGAAGAUUAGUAGAGGCCGAAUUUAAAGAUUUAGGCUUUGAAUACAAUGAGGCACCCUGCCCCCAACAAGAAGACGGCCAUUCUUGUGGCUUGAUGGUGAUACGCAAUGCAGUGCUCCGGAUGAAUGGACGUCAGGUCGGUGGUUGGGAUAUGAAGGUGAAUCCGGAACGAGUUCGCAUGAAUGUGAUCAGUCUAUUGAGGACCGGUUUAUACGACAAGUUUUCUUGCAGCCAAAAUCCGCUCGGCGUAGAUCCAAACGCAAGCUGGAGGAUAUGGGUGUGGAGAUGUUGCCCAGACAUACUGAAGUUCUUGAAAGAUGAGCAGCAAUAUAUUAUUCAAAAAUACAAAUAUUAUAUUCCGGUGGCAAAAACAAUGCUUUUGCGCUUGCUCUACAAGUUUUGGAAGCCUGCUACAUUGUUUUUUCGCUUCGCUACGGGCGGAGAUGUCAACCUGUUUCCAAACGAAGGACCUUGGGGAACAAGUAGGAUUACUUCACCAUUCUGCUUAGUAUAUUUCAAUGAUUGCACAACCAUGGGCAAGAAACUAUGGCAAGGCUGUUAUGGAACAUGUCCCCCCAUUCUCGCUAUCAUGAGUUUGCUGAGCUCAGAAUUCAGCAUGACUACAUCCCAGCACGAAUGCUGCUGUCAAAACCCUCUAUUCUGCGUUAUCACAACCUCCAUUCUACGCCGCACCAAAAACAUUCGAAUUAUCAGCUAUACGAUUUCCGAGAAGAAGGUGCGAUCUGUGAAGGUCAAUACUAAGGAUCCAAGGCGGGCUUCCACAGAGUACCAUGGAUAUAACUCACAACAGGCUAUGCGAAGCGAGGAACAGGAAUUGAAGAGGAGAAAAGCAGAUCAGAACGCAAGAUUUGCAAAUUGUUUCGAAGUAUAUCGAUCCGAAAAGAAGCCAAAGAAAAAGGUCCGGUUCGCAAUGGAACCUUACAACAGCGACGACAUAAGUAAAGCUACUCAUGACCCGCGCCUAGACGAACAACCCCAUACAUUCGUAAUGGAUGUUCUCAGAGGAACGGCCCCUAUCGACGAUAAGAACAUUAUAUGGUUGCUCUUGGACUACCAAGCUCAGCUUCCUAAGCUUUCUAAUGAGGGAUCCUCGACAGAACCAGCCCUCCUUGCCGACAAGAACCGCAUAGUUGGCCAACCUUCUGCUAUGAAAAUACAAGUCGAAAGCCAGGAAAAUAUGCCGCGCAAUCUAGCGGGCGGAAGCAACAGCGGCGACAGAGGUAGUACUGUUCUGGCCAGUUCAAUCACUGCUAAAGUGCUGACACUACCCUAG